CUCUUCGAAGUCAUGCGCAUCAUCCCUUUCACCCUCCGCAUAACUCUCUUCGGCACCGUCCCACCCAACUCGAGAUGGCCACAUCGACCGCCAAUAAACGUGGUCGGACAGCUCGCGGGAAGCUCGAACCAGCUUUCGGAUGGUCUGAGGGUCAGGGGAAGGGUGGAGAUGGUUGGGGACGGGAAUGUAAGGUGGAGUCUUCGGACGAGACGCGAAGACGAUGAAGGAGAGUGGCAGUCUGAGGGUGUUCAACUCGGAGGAGUGGGUUCUGCCACUGGCGUCCUGGGUAUGUGGACCAGCGCUGAGCACGAACACAUGGACCCUUUGGGUGAGAUAACUUUAUUUCGCCAUAUCUCCUUCACACUCUCAGCGUUGACCUCUCGUCUGAUUAUUCAGGUCCAUUCUGGUCAUGGAAAGUAG